GUGGUUAUGAUAUGGAAGAGAAAGCUGCAAGAGCAUAUGAUCUUGCGGCUCUCAAGUAUUGGGGACCUUCUACACACAUAAACUUCCCACUCGAAAAUUACCAAACUGAACUUGAAGAAAUGAAGAAAAUGAGUAGGCAGGAAUAUGUGGCCCACUUGAGAAGAAAGAGUAGUGGGUUUUCAAGGGGUGCUUCAAUGUACAGAGGAGUGACAAGGCACCACCAACAUGGCAGGUGGCAAGCAAGGAUUGGCAGAGUUGCAGGAAAUAAGGACCUUUACCUUGGGACAUUCAGCACUCAAGAGGAAGCAGCUGAAGCAUAUGAUGUAGCUGCAAUCAAAUUUCGUGGGGUGAAUGCUGUCACCAACUUUGACAUAUCAAGAUACGAUGUUGAGAGGAUCAUGGCGAGCAACACCCUUCUUGCUGGAGAGUUAGCUAGAAGAAACAAGGAAAGUGAGCCGAGAGCUGAGGCCAUAGAGUACAAUGUUGGGUCAAGCCAACAAGUCAUAAGUAGGGAAGAAGCUGAGACCGUGAACAACAAUGACAGUAAUGAGAAUGGUUCAUCAGAUUGGAAGAUGGGUUUGUAUCAUCAGCAACAGUCAAGCAACAACUGUGACAUGAAAACCAUGAAGGGUGGAAAUUAUAGAGGUUCUGCUUUCUCUGUGUCCCUACAAGAUCUCAUUGGGAUUGACUCGGUAGGAUCUAGCCAUGCCAUGCUAGAGGAGUCUACUAAGCUAGGGACUCAUUUUUCAAACCCCUCCUCGCUGGUCACCAGUUUGAGCAGCUCAAGGGAGGGUAGUCCUGACAAAACGGGUCCCACUUUGCCCUUUCCUAAGCCUCCACUGGGUUCCAAGAUUGUCACUAGCCCUAUUGCUAAUGGUGUAACUGUUAGCUCAUGGUUUCCCUCUCAAAUGAGGCCAGUCUCAAUGUCUCACUUGCCAGUUUUUGCUGCUUGGGGUGAUACCUAG